UUAAAAGAAUUUAUAAAAGGUUUCAGAAUGCCGAAAAAUUAUGAGGCAGAGAAAAACAAUCCAUGUUUAAAGGAACAAGAAUUAUCUUUUAAAUGUUUGAGUAAAAAUAAUUUUAACCGAGAAGCAUGUGAAGUAUAUUUUGCCAAUUAUAAUAACUGCAAAGAGUUUUGGAAUAAAAUUCGAUUAGAUCGCAGAAGAAAAGGAAUUGAACCAUAUCUACCUAAUAUAGAGGAAAGAGAAAAAAUUAAAGAGGAGUAUAUGAAAACAAAACCACCAGUAUGAAAAUUGUGUAAAUUUAUUGUACCUAGAUAAUUAGUACUUUCUUGAUAAAUAACAUGUUUUUUUU